GGGAGCUACUAGAGAUCGGGUCCCGCACUCUCCCGCGCCGCCUGUUUCUGACCUCGCCAUGGUCCGUCCGCCUCUGCAGUAUCUCCUCGUGGGCUGCUGGUUAGCCGCCGUCCACCCAGAACCACCUACUGCAUGCAGUGGAAAGCAAUACCCCAUACAAAGUCAGUGCUGUGAUUUGUGCCCGCCAGGACAGAAACUGGUGAGUGACUGCACGGCGGUGACCGACACGGAAUGCGUCCCUUGCAGUGAAGGCGAAUUCAUGGGGACCUGGAGCAGCGAGAGGCACUGCCAUCCGCACAGAUACUGCGACCCCAACGUAGGACUCCGGGUCCAGAGUAAAGGCACUUUGGAAACAGACACGAAUUGCACGUGUAAUGAAGGCCUACACUGUGCCAACCAGGCCUGUGAAUUCUGCACCCCACACAGCUCUUGCCCCCCUGGCUUUGGGGUCAAGGAGAUCGCUACAGGGGUUUCUGAUACCAUCUGCGAACCCUGCCUGGUCGGCUUCUUCUCCAAUGUGUCAUCCGCUUAUGCAAAGUGUCAUCCUUGGACGAGCUGUGAGAUCAAAGACCUGGUGGAGCUGCGGGCAGGGACUAACAAGACGGAUGCUGUCUGUGACACCAAGCAUCGGAAGAGAGCCCUGGUGGUGAUCCCCAUCGUUGCAGCGGUCCUGUUGGCGCUCCUGGUGGCCGCUGCCUAUUUCUGGAAGUUGCCCAACAAGGCCCGCCGCCACCGCCCUAAGGACCCAGAGGGCAAAGUUCCUGUGGAGAUGGAGUACCUUCCCGGCCCUUGCUCCACCGCUCCCGUGCAGGAGACCUUACACUGGUGCCAGCCGGUGGCGCAGGAGGAUGGCAAAGAGAGCCGCAUCUCAGUGCAGGAGAGACAGUGAGGCUGUGUGUGCCCGGGAGCAUGGCAGUAUAUGGACAGAUGGCACGUGGCCGCGGAGCCUGGAGCUGCAGCUGCGACAAGAGGGCGAGGGGCUGGCGCUGGGCACAGCCCCCCUCUGCCUGCACAGUUCACUCAGGGGAACCUCCUACUCCAGCCUGGAGCCCGUUCAGUCUCCCGACUUGCUUUUAAAGAUGGAGGCAAAACUUUUUUUGCGGGGGGAGGGAAAGGGGGCAUCUAGUACCGUCAUCAAACCCUCCAGUCCAGCCGUUCGGUGCCCACGUGGUCUCUAUGAGCCCAGGGGCCAUCGACAUGAAUAUCAUUGCAGGGUCGUUUGUGACAGGGAACAACUGGAAGCAGCUUAACUGUCCAUCCACAGGGGGCUGGCUCAAUAAAAUGCUAAUAUAUUUAUGUAACAGCAUCUCAAAAACACUGUCAUGGAAAAAA